AUGCCUCGCUCCUCUCAUCCCUCGUCUAAGUACACGACACCACCGCGAUGUGAAAAUCGACCGUCAGCCCAAAGGAUGGGUAACACAGGGGGUCGGCUGUGUGUCAGACCUUACUGCGCGCGCGUUAGACGUACCGCCCUUCCUCUCGUGGCCGUUCCUUCGCUGAUCUCCUCUUUCUCUCGCGGUCGGCCCAGCCUAUGUUUUGCGUCCUACAACCUGGCAAAUCCUUCCGGCUCUUCCAUACCGAUUUUCCUGUUCUUUUCUCAGUGAAGGUUCUCUUACGAGCACAGUCAAGUAUUUAAAAAUGGCCGCCAGGUACGAUGAAGGCCCGGAGCUGGCCCCCCAACACCAUUAUCCCGAGGUAUACCACCCUCCGCCGCAACAGUCGCAUCCCACGUCGCCUCAACCGAUUCCCGUCACGCCGAUGAAGCAAGAAAACUCGACAUACGGCGGAUACCCGGUCUCUGGCAUCGACCAGUCCGUUUACGGUCACCCUGCCGGCGGCGAAACCGCCUUGCCACAGAAGAAGAAGACUAUCUGCGGCUGUACUUUUCUCGUCUUUCUCCUGUCCGUCAUCAUCGCGGUAUUGGCGGCGGCCGUCAUCGGACUGGCAGCAGGCACCGGGGUGGAGGCAAGCCGCGCGAACCAGGCACUCAAUAAGCUGGCGGCUCUGGAAGCAUCAGCGACCAACGGAGCGUCAGCCACGGCGACGGUGACGGUCCCAAGCGCGACUCCGACGGCAACCAGCUUUGCCUCUCUCACCAACAACUGCUCCAACAAAGAUGAGACAACCACUGGUCAGACGUACACCACAGACUUUUACGGAAAGAGGACGUUUGUGCAGUUCUGCAACUCAAACGCCCCCAAUGCACCCCUGAUGAGCCUGUUCACCGCCAACUUCAACAACUGCAUGGACGCCUGCGCCGCCUUCUCCUCGUACGAACCCGGCUUUAACGGCAACGCCACGUGCGAGGGCGUGAGCUUCAUUCCGCUCUGGACGACGAGGUCGGGGGCCGUCGACGGCAAGGCGCCGGGCAAUUGCUACCUCAAGCCAGGGCCACAGUCGCGGGAGGGGCUGGAGACGCCAAAUAUCGGCACCGAAUGCCACGCAGCUAUCAUAAACUCUUGAUGGAGGGGGAAUUGAGAUGAACGGGUACGGGAUGGGACGGGUGAAACGGCGCAGGUUUUUGUAUGUGUUCUAUACCAUUUGUCGGUUGAUUUUCGGUAUGCUCAGUCUGGAUCGAGUCGGUGUCUAAUAGAAGGGAAGCGGGGCCCCUAGGCGAAGAUGUCUUCAAUGCCCUUGAAAACCAAAGAGGGGAUAUCCGACCAAGACUGGCUAAGAAUUAGAUUCUUCGUACGGCUCGGGCAUGGGUUAAAAAUGGAAACGUGUCCACGUUGUCGACAUCGACUAAACGUAGUGUGGUCUGUGAUGUUUAUGCCAGCACCUCGGCAGCUUGAGUCAAUAACAGACUCUAUCUAACUUUUGAGGUUCCGAGAAGCGCGGGGAGCCAAAGAUGGUUCUUUCAUUCCAAAAAGGGUGCCGAUGGUUGCAAAGUGAGGAUAGAUAGACCAAGCAUUAGUCGAGUGCAAGUCCGAAUGCAUCUAUUCAACCUCUGGCAGGCCGUCGCGGGGCCGGACGGAGGGGGGCACUAGACGUUGGGACGGUUCCCAUUGACGCGGUAUUCCGUCAACGGUCGGGGCCGGCAUCCGGCACUGACAUGAGCGGGGAAAGCGUCCCGUCGUUUUCUCUUUUCUCUCCCCGCGACUUUUCCAAUCCUAUGGUCACGACAACCUCUAGUCUACGUACCAACUUGCCCGAUGUAGGUAAAUACCCAGACAGGUAUGUAUAUAAGUACCUUUGGGAGAUGCAGAUGAGUUCUUAUGUAUGCGGACACCCCACCCAGACUCUAUUUCUUUGAGCAGAUCAGGCCAUCUCCUCUUGGCUCGGCCUGCUGAUUCAUUGUCUGCCCGCCGUUCGGUUUACAGACGUAGAAACCCACGCGCCGGCCUGUAGUCCAGGCUUGCCCGGCUUUGGCUCCAGUGUCGCGCGCCGGGACCACCACGAGCCGACGGGCUGCUGGGCCGAUCUCGCUCGCUUCAAACGGUUUUAUCCACUCGGAGCCGCUACAGAGCGACGGAAGCCAUUUUCUGGCAACCGAACGGUCUUGAUACCGUCCGACCUCGCAGAUGACCGGCCCUGGCCUGGUUGGCACGCCUUGGUGGUACGGUGGCGGAGGCGGAGACUCCUUCUGGCUUGCGGUCGGUAUCGGUAUGCGGCUAAAAACUCGAUGACGCCAGUACGAAAUUGGUGGAUCAAAUCCAAGAGAGUUGUACCGAGGUGACUGAUUGACGAGAAGACGGUUGACAGCAACACUGUCUGCUUUCUUCAACGACGUUUGAGGACGGUGAGUCCAGUCCAAAUCGCGAGAGUACACAAUAACAGAGAGGUAAGCACCAACGGCGAGCCAAGUUGUUAGGGUCUCGGUAAUUUGAAAAGUAAGUGUAAACUUCGGCCAAAGCCGUGGUUCAUACGCCGCCAGUGUUAGAGAAUGGUUCGAAAAAGUAGGGUUCCGCGCUUGCUUCCUCUACGCAUGGGCGGCGCAGUUUCUGGUGGCCGAAAGCGUUGUCGAUGUGUUGGGACUUGGGGGUGAAUGGCUGCCGUCUGCGGGUCAAUUAUUAAUACAUGUUACACAGGCGGCGUCUGAGUACUCAGUAGCCACACAACCCUUACGUUCGGCAUGGUGUGGACGUCCUCACCGUAAGACGGACAUGUCUUGUCAAGCGGAAUGGUUCCACGCCCAGAUUGCGUUGCAACCUGCUCACGGGAUGUACGAUGGAUACCAACCAGGGAGCGAACCAACACUCCGAACCGCAGACUCUCGUUCACACACACACACACACACACACACACACACACACACACUCUCUCUCUCUCUCUCUCUCUCUCUCUCUCUCUCUCUCUCUCUCUCUCUCUCUCUCUCUCGUGCGCGCCCGCAGAUCGAUAGGCUUGGCCGUUGAUAGUUGAUUUCGUCUUCCGCAGUACGGAACCAGCAUGAGGCUUCUAGAAAGCACCCCGGAAAUUGGCUGGUUAUGCUACUAGACAACCCUGAAGCCUCCAACCUCCUCUCUCGUACUUGCGAUAUCGACGUUGUGGUGCGGGACAUGCUGACAGCCAUUGGGAGGUCAUGGAAUGAUGUUAUAAUAGUGUGUUACUGAAUGAAAUCUCAGGUUCUUGGGAAUGCCCUU